AAAACUCCCAGGCUGUGUCUGGACUGCUGCCCAUAAAUAGCUCUGCAUGAUAAACCAGCUCUUUACGACGAAUAAGAGAUGGAACUGGUACUUGUCCUCCUCCUGGUUGUUACAACGGUGUCUGGGUGUGGAGUACCCAGCUACCAGCCCAACACCAGCAGCCGUGUGGUGAAUGGAGAGGAGGCCCGCCCAUACAGCUGGCCAUGGCAGGUCUCUUUGGAGUCUUUCUUCCCAACUUGUGGAGGAACACUUAUUGCUCCUAACUGGGUCCUGACUGCUGCCCACUGCAUCACAUUCCACACAUACAGGGUGGUUCUUGCUGAGCAUGACAUGAACAAGGAGGAGGGACCUGAACAGUCAAUUAUGGUGGCAAAAAUGAUCAUCCAUCCCAAAUGGAACAACAACUGUGUGUCUUGUGGGAAUGACAUUGCCCUGCUUAAGCUGGAGAAAAAUGCUGUUAUCAAUGACAAAGUUCAGCCGGCUUGCCUGCCACAGCAUGGUGCUUCUCUCGCCCACAACCAGCCCUGCUAUGUCACAGGCUGGGGUCGUCUCUACUCUGGUGGUCCUCGAGCGACUUUACUACAGCAGGCCCUACUUCCUGUGGUGGAUCACACUAUCUGUAGUCAAAGUGACUGGUGGGGCAGCUCAGCAAAGACAACUAUGGUCUGUGCAGGAGGAGAGAGCAAGUCAGCAUGCCACGGUGACUCUGGAGGCCCUCUGAACUGUGAGGGCAGAGAUGGUAAGUGGUACGUGCAAGGAGUGACUAGUUUUGUGAAUGGACUGGGCUGUAAUACCCCUCGGAAGCCCACAGUCUUUACCCGUGUGGCCACUUUCAUCCCCUGGAUCAGCGAGACCAUGGUCCAAAACUGAAGUUUCCAUAACCAAAGAAGUGACUGGACAAUAAACUGUAUAACAUUUCA